AUGAAUCACGAUAUGAGCUCCAUGAGUGGUGGUUCCGCAUCCGGCGGCAUGAAUGCCUCCAAAAUGAACUACGUUCCAGAUUCUAUGAGCACUAGCAGCAGCGCAACCGGCGGAAACGCAACCGCCGGCGUAACCGGCGGCGAAACCGGCGGGAGCAAAGCGACGGUGAUGAUGCAGAUGUGGUUCAACUGGGGUCCGAACGUGGUGAUUUUGUUCGAGAAUUGGAAGACGAGCAGCUGGGGGUUUUACCUGCUCGCGUGCUUCCUCGUUGUUGUCUUCUGCGUGCUCCACGAGUUCCUCACGUCGUUCCGGCUGAAGCUGUCGGCGAAUCGCACAUCCCGCGUCAAGGACGCACAGCACGGCCUCCCACCCUCCGGGCUUCGACCUUCACCGCCUCCACAGAUUUCGCAAAACCGAGUACAGUAUUCCGCCUGUGACAUCCUCCGCCGCUCACAAGGUGUAACUGAAGACAACGCAGCAGCCAUGGUGUCGCUUAAGCUUCAGAAGCGGCUCGCUUCGAGCGUGCUGAACUGCGGGAAGAACAAGGUGUGGAUGGAUCCCAAUGAAGUCAACGAGAUCUCCAUGGCCAACUCCAGGCAAAACAUCCGCAAGCUCAUCAAGGACGGCUUCAUCAUCCGCAAGCCGCAGAAGAUCCACUCGCGCUUCCGCGCGCGCCGCCUGCUCGAGGCCAAGCGGAAGGGCCGCCACACCGGCCACGGUAAGCGCCGCGGUACGCGCGAGGCGCGUCUGCCCACGAAGGUGCUGUGGAUGCGGCGCAUGCGCGUGCUGCGGCGCAUGCUGAAGCGGUACCGCGAGGCGAAGAAGAUUGACAAGCACCUGUACCACGAGCUGUACAUGAAGGUCAAGGGCGGCGUGUACAAGAACAAGCGCGUGCUCAUGGAGAGCAUUCACAAGCUCAAGGCGGAGAAGGUUCGCGAGAAGACGCUCACGGAUCAGUUCGAGGCGCGCCGCGCCAAGGGCAAGGCUGCCAGGGAGCGCAAGAUGGCUCGGCGGGAGGAGCGGUUGGCGCAGGGUGUGCAGGAGCCUGCAGCGACCGAGGCUGCACCCGCGGCCAAGAAGUGA